AUCCCAAAGCGCAGGCAUAUUACACCAAAGAAGGAAUUAACAAAUUAGCUGAAUGCGCAUAUUGUUGCAGAACAUUCAGAAAAAGACAAGGUUACCAACUUUGGAAUACCGGAACAUACCUGUGUACUUUAGAAGAAAAAAUUGCUUACAUGGUACUGGGAGAACUCAGAGAUAGGCCAACCUAUACCCGAUGGAAUAGAAUUUAUCACCGAACAAGAUACGGAGUAGAUGCUGAUAAAACUAUUAAUGAAACAAAAAUAAACC